AUGGUAUUUAAAAACGAGCCCAAAUUAAUGGAGAACAUACAAUUAUUGAAAACAAUCGGAUUAUACCAAAUAUUGAAUUCACGCAGUCCAAGAGCGUUUGGUUGCAAUAUUUUUAAAUGUAUAGCUAUAAUCGAAGCAUGCAUUCUCAUUGCAGCAGUAUUUGCGUUCAUUUUAAACGCAUUCUACUUUCUGAGCGAUAUAAAUGAGGCAACGAGAUAUAUCACAUUGUGUUUGGUAGCUUCAAUUCCAACUUUUAAACUCUGUUAUAUAAUUGGCUACUCAGAUAUCAUAUGGAAUUGUUUACAUAUAACUUCCGUCGAAUAUUUAUCCUACGAGUAUCACAGCAUAUGUAUACUUGAAGUGGGUCGAAAGAAAUUGAAACAUUUUUUAAUACUUUUUAUAGUUUUGUGGACUGCAGUUUUCUUAGCUUGGAUGUUGACACCGUUCAUUGUACAGAACUCUUAUUUAAGAGUAGAGGCGGGAAAUGUGAUUUACCAUUACCGUACAAACAUACUGAAUUUAGUUUAUCCAGCGACCGAUAAAUUCUACAAUGGCAAUUUUAUAAUAUUUUACAAUAUCGAACUUACAGUAUCCAUUGUUUGGGCUCAUUCUACUAUUAUAUUCGAUAUACUUCUAAUAUCUAUGUGCAUUACAAUCGAGUGUUAUUUAAAAACUAUUGCUAAUGCAUUUAGUACACUUGGAAACGUAGAUAAAAAAUGUUUGAUCAGAUUCGAUGAAACAAAAAUAAUAAAUGAUUUCAAGAUUAUAAUUCAGGAUCAACAAAAAGUAAUUGAAAACAUGAAUAAUAUCUAUAAGGUAAUUCGACCAGUUAUACUUCUUCAAAUAGCUGCUGAAUCAUCAAUUAUUAUAUUACUAUCCAGCAUAACAAUAAUGAAUUAUUUUAAUGGUUUUUCGUUAGCAUCUCCAUCGAACUUCAGAUUUAUAACAUCAAUAUUAAUAUAUAUAUUACAUAUAUAUUUUAUCUGCUACUUACUGAAUGACGUUAAUGAACAAAAAGAUUCGAUGAAUUUUGCAUUAUAUAGUGGUGAUUGGUCAGGCAAGAGCUUAAAAUAUAAAAAAAUGAUCCUGUAUGCUAUGCAAAUGAACAGUACCGACAAACUGAAACUGCAAGUAACGAUGACAAAAAUAGUGAAUUUGGAACUGUUUACAAGCGUUAUGCGGACAACGUAUACAGUUAUAUCGGUGUUGUUAGAACAACGUGCAAAAAAAACAUAA